AUGCGCCUCUUGGAACGCCCAUUGAACGGGGACUUCAAGCUAGUCUCUUUCAACGAUGGAAACCCUCCCCCGUAUGCCAUCCUAUCACACACCUGGAUCGAGGAUCAAGAGGUUACAUACAAGGAGCUACAGGAAGGCACCGGCCAGGAAAAGAGUGGCUACGACAAGAUCCGUUUCUGUGGUGGACGGGCAGCAUCGGAUGGCCUCCAAUACUUCUGGAUCGAUACCUGCUGCAUUGACAAGUCUGAUAGUGUUGAGCUCAGUACAGCCAUCAACUCUAUGUUCCGUUGGUACCAGCGUGCAUCCAAGUGUUACGUAUACCUAACAGAUGUUGUUGUACCAGACGAGGUUGCCGACGCUGAGGCCUUCCCAAUAACCUGGGCGGAAGCUUUUCGAUGCAGCCGAUGGUUUACCCGGGGCUGGACGUUGCAAGAGCUGCUGGCGCCGCCGUGCGUUGAGUUCUUUUCCAAGAACGGAAAGCGAUUAGGUAGCAAGAUAUCGUUGGAGCAGGAAAUCUAUAAGAUUACUAAUAUUGCACCUGAAGCCCUACGAGGCCGAAGUCUAACUGAGUUCAGCAUUAUGGAGCGUAUAAGCUGGGCAGCCGCACGCACAACAACAUUGAAGGAAGAUAAAGUAUACUGUUUGCUUGGCAUUUUUGGCGUAUUCUUGCCGCUUAUAUACGGAGAAGGGGAGGGAUAUGCGACUCUACGGUUAAAAGAAGAAAUAGCAAAGCGGCUGAGAGGUCAGGGAACGGGAAAACGCCUUGAUCUGUUCGUAUAG